UUUUCCAAGAAAAUGUGAGAAAACAAUGCUUAUCAAAGAAGUGUGUGAAAAUUUCGACUAUUUUUGUAAAAAGGAAAACAUCACCGAAGAAGAUUUAAAGUUUCCCCUUGAAAUCUGGGAUGUGUAUAAUCGGUCAAUAAUUGAUAAAUACGGAAUUAGAAAAGAAGAUAUUUUACGUGAUCUUUCAGAUAAUAAUAGUACAUUCCGAACAUUUCAAUUGGAUGAAGUAUCAAGACAGAGGAACUGUUAUUCUAUUCAGCCUGAAGUUUAUAUGGAGCAGAAAUUUAAGAUGUACGAUAUUAGUAGUAAGUAUUAUAUAAUCGAGAUGAGUUGAUAAUAAUAGUUAUCGGCGCAGAGCCCAGAAGGU